AUGUCCGGAAAAUCAGUCGCCUCUGGUACCGCACUUACCAAGCCUAAGCUUGCUGCAAAGAUCAGCAAAGGAGUGAGCCCCGUUACUAGCACAGCCCUACGAAAGAAGGUUUUACUACAAAACGCGGCUUCUUCCAGCAAAGCAGCCGAAGAUGAAAGUAAAGGCACGGUUCCAGAGGCAAAUAGGAUGCCAGUCAUUGAACCAACCAAUCCCAACGCAUCUCAUACUCAUACUGAAGAAUCUUAUGAGACAGCCAGCGUACACAAAAAACAGGAAAACCCAGCGCUAACAGAUUUUGAUUCAGACGACAACAGUUCGGUGGCUCAAGAUAUGGAGACGGAGCUAGAAAUCCUGGGUAAAUGCAAGCAUGCACGCACAGAUGACGAAUGGUCUGAUGCUGACAGUAUACUCAGCGACAACAGCAAGCGAUCUAGUAUACUACCGCCAGCGUAUAAACGAGCCGAAACCUUCGAAAUUGUCCAAAACACCUCCAAGACGGCUGAAGCAAUACGUAGCUGGCUCAGCUAUGAAAUGGACGAACCCAUUAAAGCUAUUAGCCAAAUUCAACUUGAAGUUCAUGGAUUAGUAACGAAGGCACAACCAAAAUCAAGCACUGUGGCUUUAACUCCCCACCCCAGAAACUGCUCAGAAGAUCUAACACAUGUGAAAGAAUUAAUCACCGAAGUGGCACAUGAAUUGCGAUCUGUACACGUUGCAAUUCAAAAACUAGUCGACUCCUUAAAUGAGGUAAAAGAGAAAUCACUCCUCAAUGAUACAAUGCAGACAUCUUACAACACCCGUAUUGAAUCUGUAACAACUCGUAUCCAAGAACUGCAAGAUAUGAUACGAGACCAACAGACCAGACCGCAGUGCCAUGAGGAGACUAUAAAUAUUGGAACAGAAAUUCAAAGGGCAAUUAAUCCUGUUGUUGAGAUGAUCAAAAACCUCCGAGAAGAGACAAUCGAAACAAGAGAUUGUUAUACAACUCACAUGGCAUUUCAGGGCAAUACAGGGUUAAGCACGGAAUUAGCAAUAGCCGAGAUCAAAGACAAAAUCAACGAUAUUAGAAAUCACCAAUGUGCUAGUCCGUCACAAAGACUAAAGGGCAAAGAUGAAAAUAGCGCAGAAGUUACUACGCAUACCAGAGAAACAGCACAAUUCUCCCAACCACGUAGACGAACUUAUGCGGAGACAGCUAGUAUGCCCCGAUACGCUAUGAUACUCGAGUCUGUUGAUCCGCGUCUCUCGAGUGAGGAUAUAAUAAGUCAGGUAAGGAAGGAUGUAGAUCCAAUCGCGUUGGGAGUCCGCGUAAAUAAAAUAACCAAACUUAAAAACCAAAGAAUUGUUAUCAACUGUGACUCCCAACAAGAUCAACAAACACUAAAAACCGCGAUCCGAGACACCUGUAGUAAGCUAACUGUGUCAACACCUUCAAUUAAAAAACCACAGCUACGGCUCAUAGGUGUAACCACUGAUUUGACUGACGAAAAACUAGUAAAGGCUAUAUCAAGCCAAAAUAGUAAACUCACGUCAGACCUCACAGAAGAACAAAAAGCAGUGAAAGUCCUCCGUCGUACAAAAGGCAGAAUCCGAGAACUGGUAAACGUCAUUCUUGAGGCAACACCUCAAUUGUGGUCAAAACUGAGGGAUCAGAAAUUGCGCAUUGGAUACCAGAUAGUGUCUUGUAUUGACCAGUCUCCAUUAACACAGUGUUACAGAUGUCUAAGCUUUAAUCAUAAGGCGAUAAACUGUAACAACAAACUGUGUUGUGGAUAUUGUUCAGAAGAACAUGACACUAGGGAAUGCACCAAACAAAACACUGUCCCUAUGUGCCGGAAUUGCAAGAACUCGCAAAGGGAAAAUACUGCCCACCCAGCAUAUAGCUCCCAAUGCCCAGAAUGGAUAAAAUGGGAUAAAAUUGCUAGAUCCUCUGUCUCGUAUUGCUGA